UUUCUCUUAUCAUAAAAAUGAGUAAAAUUGAUUUUAAAUUGAGAAUUAGGCAAUUGUACAUCUAAAGUAGGUAUUGAAUUGAUGGUAAUCUCAGAAACCUUGAAUUAGUGAAGUGUGCCAAGAUGACUUCAGUGGAUGAAACUGAAAGUGACAGAACUCCUGUGUGCAGCGUGACUAUCACACCUACAGAGGAGAAGUCUAAAACUGUUGAUAAUGUUGGUGGAGCAGCUGGGACUCAGAAAAGUUUUGGCAGUGAUCAAAGUUUCAGUAAUUUGCUGCCACCUCCUGUUGCAUCCCUUGCAGCUUCAUUUAGUGAACCCAUUCUGCCUGGCGCCUGCAUCACCCCCAGGAUGGACUCUCUAGCUGCUCCAGCGCCCGUCCAGUCGUCCGUCUUCACGGCCAACAAGCCCAAGAACUCCCUUACUGCUGCCAGCCUUUCAACGGCCUCUGCAACUGGGAACCCGCGCAACAAGGUGGCACUCCGCAAAGGGCGUGGCCUGAUGGACUGGGUGCGGCUGGGACACACACAACCUGACCUCGCGGGCACCGGGGGGCGACUGCUGCAGGUCACGCCCCGGCAGCUCGCUAAGCACAACACCAGGACUGAUGCCUGGCUGGCUCUUAGAGGUAAAGUGUACAACGUGACGCCAUAUUUCGAGUAUCAUCCUGGCGGUGAAGACGAGCUCAGCCGCGGCAUCGGCAGAGACGCCACGGAGCUCUUCAAUGAGGUGCACAAGUGGGUUAACUUCGAGAGCAUGCUGGCCAAGUGCCUGGUAGGACAUCUGGUUGAGGACUCUCCUACAUCCUGCAGCAAAGUCCUACGUAAGCCCCAGGAAGCCUUCCUUCCUCUCCUCAACUCCUUCGCUAGGUUACUAACCGAGGGCAGAGGCAAGUCUCCGUCCCGGUCGACCAAAGACGACACGGUGCCUAAGUUGCCUCCGCUGUCGCCCACCCAGUCGUGCGGGACUGUAGAGGCCCGGCAGCCCUCGUACGACUGGUACCAGAGCAAUACAGCCGUCACAGUCACGGUGUACAGUCGCUGGCCGCGGAUCACACAUCGCCACUGUACAGUUCAUCUCAAAAACAAGACAUUGAGUGUAGACCUGCUGGUGCAGCGGAGGUGUUACAGACUACGGCUCGACCUCAGCAGACCAGUCAAGCAGGGACAGUUUACAGUACGGGUGGGUGGUGGUGGAUGUGGUACAGUCACCAUCGAGGUGAUGAAGGUAGAAGAAGGCAUCAGAUGGACCAACAUCGGCCUCGCGCUGCCUGGCAACGAAGACUUCGUUGAUGUCGAGACGAUGGCGGUGAGAUUAAAGUCUGUUGCUAACGUCAAGCUGGAGUUAAAUAAAAUAAAACAGAAGCUUGACUUUUGGUCUACAAAUGUCUGCGAGAAAACUCCGGCCAUAAGCAAGCCUUACACCGCCGUGCCUGAGGAGCUCAGCGUCGCCGCCUGGACCAGCGACGUGGCGACACCUGGCAACUGCCUCCACUAUCUCGUCAAGGUGUAUCACCUGCCACUGUACUCAGUCGAGGAGCUGUUCCAGCACCACAGCCGCCUCUGGUUCACCUCAGGACGUCCUCGACCACUACCAGGAUCACACCACCUGGUGUCCCUGGCAGAAGGAGUCCCUGUCGAGCGCCUGUCUAGAGGGGAAGGGGAGGGUGUCAGGGAGAUACAGGACUCUGGCGAUGCUCCUGUAGGAGACGUCGCCCUCCUAGCGGCAGGCACCGGCAUCACUCCUAUGAUAUCCGUCAUGCUCGACUCCCUCGCUCUUAGGAGGCGCGUUCGACUGCUUUUCUUCAACAAGACAGAAGAAGAUAUACCCUGGCGAGAUGAACUUGAUAAUUUAAGAGCAGAGAACAGCGAACUUCUUCAGGUGCACCACGUGCUGUCGUGUGGGGGGCCGGGGUGGGGAGGGCUGAGGGGGCGCGUCUCCCUGCGGCUCCUCGAGCCUCUCCUGCCCGUCGGUGACGGCGGCCGCUGCGUCGUCCUCGCCGUCUGCGGACCAAAGGGCUUCACCGACGCCUCUACACAGAUAUUCGGGCAGUUGGGGUAUCUUAAAGAAGAUUAUCACGCUUUCGUCGGGUGAACUUCAACGCUUGCCCUCAUCUCACAAGAUGGCAGGCAACCCACGACACACCUUCAGUACCAAUACUCAAUAUUUUAAUGGAUGUUUGUGUUUUGAUGCACCAACACGCAAAUUUUUUGUUGUUAUGAGACGUUAGUUAAUGUCUAUGAAUCGGUUUUAUGGUUAAAAUGACUAAAAUGGAAAUCAGGCUUUAUUUUAUUUAUUUUAAAUCAAUUUUGAUUAUGCACUUGAAACUUAGACUCUAACUAAUCGAAUCAGUCGGUGGGGAUCAUAUUUUAGCUAUGUGCAGUUCCAUUGUACGUAUAUAAAUACUGAUUGAUAUAUGACCGGUAUAACAGCGUUGUUAAUUCACAACCUAAUUUGAAGUUUAUCAUGUCAAGAUUAAGUUUAACAUUUAAUAUUCGAAUCUAGUCGUUGGUUGACCAGUUGAGUAUUUAAUCAUACUCUUGGAUUACAAUCUUAAGAUGCAAAUAAUUAUGCACACUCAAUUAUUAUCAAUUGUUGUGUCCUUAAUUAAUGCGCUGCUACAAAUCACGUCUUCGGCUGAUGUCAUAAUCACUGUACUGCAUUGUGUCCAAAUAUUUGUUAGGAUUAAGUGAGAAAUUCUCAUAUUUAGAUUUCGUAAGAAUAUGAGUAUGCAUUUUUGACAGGUUAUUUUUCGUGUUGAACUUGAUUUGAAUUUAUUUUCAUGACGUUGAGGUUCUGUAAAGAGCGUACACUGAGAGUCAAGACGUUGAGUGUUCAGUAAAGAGCGUACACUGAGAGUCAAGACGUUGAGUGUUCAGUUAAGAGCGUACAAUGAGAGUCAAGACGUUGAGUGUUCUGUAAGGAGCGUUCACUGAGAGUCAAGACGUUGAGUGUUCUGUAAGAACGUUCACUGAGAGUCAAGAUGUUGAGUGUUCUAUAAAGAGCGUUCACUGAGAGUCAAGACGUUGAG